AGUGAUUGGUUGCCAAGUGUGCUUGUUGCACCUGAUUUUUUCUCCCCUUCGUUCCUCGUCCCGUCUUUCCUUCCGCCUGUUUAGUGCUACUGUUUUUGUCUGCAGGUGUUCGGUUGGGGUCGUCAGCUGCCUCUCUGCCCGCUGUUCAGGCUCCUCUCUACCAACUCCAACCUGCUUCUUUCUUUUUUUCUCCGCCACAUAUUGGUGUUGUUUCCACUCCAAAUUUUAUCUUGGUCGCACCUGAUUUUCCCACUGCUCUCUUCUUCGUUCGUCUUUCCUUUCGCUUGUUUUUGCUACUGCUGUGUUGUUUUCUGCCGCUUCUUUUUCCCUUUUCGUCCACACCCUCAGGCUGUUUCCCUUGGCCUUUACGCUUUCCUUUCCUUGCAUUUGUUUCCUUCCACGUGCAACAGAUGGACAUACUGUCAGAGACUCAGAGUUGGUGAGACUUCCGUUGGGUUCAAUGCUUCACAGAACCGUCCUUUCCCCUUUCUCAAUCUCUCGCCCAUCCUCUGCUUCUUUAUUCAGAAAGCCCUCAUCCUCUCUUCCUCUUCUUCAUAUUUUCUCCGAAAUGGAUUGAGGACAAUGGAUUGAAAGUCCAUGAGAAGGAGAAAAAAAAUCAACUUUCCAGAUCACCUAAGAUUCAGCUUUCAAGUUAUAUUCUAUUCUUUGGUUUCCACAAAGUAGCUACGGGUAUUUUGUGUUAAGCUGAUCGCUGGUAGUGAUAGGAGGGAAGCUGCUUGGAUUAUUCUCACCAGCUUUAACGCUACUUAAGUUUGUUCUAUGUUUAGCCUUUUUCUCCUUAAUUUGUUUGUUUCCCAGUGCGCGGUGAAUACGAGAGGUUUGCUGCAAUGGAACAAACUAUUGUUUAGCUGGUACGAGAGGCGGAUCUGUUCAGCCACCACAAUUCUAGAUGUCCAAGGCCUGGGAGUUAAAAAAUUUUCAAGGACAACUGCUAAUCUUUUGGCAUCCAUGACAAAAAUUAACAACAAUUACUAUCCUGAGACACUCCAUCGGAUGUUCAUUGUUAAUGCUGGCCCUGGUUUUAAGAAGGUGCUCUGGCCUGCUGCACAGAAGUUUCUUGAUGCUAAAACUAUUGCAAAAAUUCAAGCAAGGCUGUGUGCUUCUCUCUCUCUCUCUCUCUCUCUCUCUCUCUCUUUCUACCUUUACUGUGGCUCAGAUUCGAUAAAAUCACAUUGUCCAAAUUUGCAGGUUCUGGAGCCUAAGUCUUUGGGAAAACUACUUGAAGCCAUUGACUCAAGUCAAUUGCCUGAUUUUUUGGGUGGCUUAUGCUCUUGUCCAGUUGAAGGAGGAUGCCUCUCAUCUAAUAUGAGUCCUUGGAAUGAUCCUGAUAUAAGGAAGCUUGUAUAUAAUGUGGAAACAAAGUUUGUGAGGCAGAUUACUAGAGUAUCUGGCGAUGACCAGAAAGUUGACUUGUAUAUACAGACGUUCCCUUUGAAGUUUUUUCUUUGCUUCAGAGGCAUUACUUGCUCUGCUCUAUUUUCUCCUGUAUGAACAGGACUGGAUUCACUGCUCGAUUGAUGCCUUGAGUUGUUGCUGAAUCUGUCUGUAUUUCACUUUUGUAUUUCAAAGACUAGAACAAUGGCUUCAUGGAGCCCUGAGCCAUCAUGGUUAUCUUACUUGGGAGGCUCGUAUAAUUUUCAUUAAUAUGCCUGCAUAAUAUAGUUCCAUUUUAUAGUUCCA